CCAUCUUUUCUCUGUCCCACCCUCCGGAGCUUUGUGCCCGGGGAGCCGAGCCGCUUCCUCGCUCUGCCACGCCGCGGGAGGAGGGAGCUGCCACCGACGAGCUGCAGCUCGCUGCCCCGGGCAGGGGCACAGUCUCCUCCCUGUCCCUCCAUCCUCCCAGCUUGAGCCAGUGAAUACCAGAGGAAUCAAACAGGACUGUACCUGCUGUCUACUUUCUGAUCUUCAGGUAGAGUAGGACUCUGAAUGUCCAAUCAUAGAGAUAAAGACCAAAGGGUCUGCUUUAUCUCCUCAUCAAGAUUAAAGUCUGUGAGGUUGAAGGAGCCAGAUGUUUACUUCUACUGGAAGAAGACCUUAGAAUAAGUGAGGCAUCUCCUUAGUAGCAAGCUGAACACCAGCAAGACUAUGAGUUAUAAGAGCCUGCACUGUUAUAGGAGGCUUUUGUUUUUUUCUGGUUUGUAGAUCCUCCCCCCCCACCCCCACCCCCGCCCUCGUAGUACCAGUAGCAAUAUACUCCCAUCAUUUGCUUUGCUUCUACCACCUGCAGAAGGGUCUGGCAAGUGGGGGAGGAGCUGCAGCUGUUGCCUGGAAGAGGAGCUGGCUCCUAGCAACAGUAUCAGCAGGCCCUGAAGCUCAGAGCACUAAGUCUGUCCCUUUGAGGUCUCACUCUUCAUCUCAGCAAAUAUCUGUUGAGGGCUUACUCAGCACCAGGCGCUACGUUGGGCCUGGGAAUGAGAAACAAAUCAAAUAAGUGCCUUGCCUUCAAAGAGCUCACAACUCUGGGAACAUUGUUGCAAGCAAGGCAAUGUCUUACUACCUCAACUCAGAAAACCACCUGGACCCAGGGCCCAUCUAUGUGCGAGAGAAUGGGCAGCUGCACAUGGUCAAUCUGGCAUUGGAUGGCGUCAGGAGUAGCCUGCAGAAGCCAAGGCCUUUCAGACUGUUUCCCAAAGGCUUUUCUGUGGAGCUUUGCAUGAACAGGGAAGAUGAUACUGCACAGAAAGAGAAGACCGAUCAUUUCAUCUUCACAUACACUCGGGAGGGGAACCUUCGGUACUCUGCCAAAUCCCUCUUCAGCUUGGUCCUGGGCUUCAUCUCCGACAAUGUUGAUCACAUUGAUUCCCUUAUUGGCUUUCCUGAGCAGAUUGCUGAAAAGCUGUUCUCUGCUGCUGAAGCCAGACAGAAAUUCACAGAGCCUGGUGCAGGGCUAAGAGCUUUACAGAAAUUCACAGAGGCCUAUGGAAGUCUGGUGCUUUGCUCCCUGUGUUUGAGAAACAGAUAUCUGGUGAUUUCAGAAAAACUUGAGGAGAUUAAGUCUUUCCGGGAGUUGACCUGCCUGGAUCUUUCCUGUUGCAAGCUUGGAGAUGAACAUGAACUCCUAGAACAUCUCACCAAUGAGGCCCUAUCUAGUGUAACUCAACUCCACUUGAAGGAUAAUUGUUUAUCUGAUGCCGGGGUACGGAAAAUGACAGCACCAGUUCGAGUGAUGAAAAGAGGCCUUGAAAAUCUAACAUUAUUAGACUUAUCUUGUAACCCUGAGAUCACAGAUGCAGGAAUUGGAUACCUCUUUUCUUUUAGAAAACUAAACUGCUUAGAUAUCUCUGGGACAGGGCUCAAGGACAUCAAAGCUGUCAAACACAAGCUCCAGACCCACAUAGGCCUUGUCCACUCUAAAGUGCCUCUGAAGGAAUUUGAUCAUAGUAACUGCAAGACCGAGGGCUGGGCUGACCAGAUUGUUCUGCAGUGGGAGCGUGUGACUUCGGAAGCUGUGAAGCCACGAGAUGCCUUGGAACCUCGAAAGGCAGCUCAGCACUUCUAUGGGAAGCGGGCUCAAACAGAAACCCCAGGGAAGUGUCCCCUGGCAGACACCCACAUGAACUCUUCUGAGAAACUCCAGUUCUAUAGAGAGAAAGCCCCAGACUGCCAUGGGCCAUUGUUGAAACUCGAAGCUGUCUCAAGCCAGGAGUCAAAGAAGAGCAAGAAGAGAGGUUUUGAGGAGCCAGAAAAGGAACAGAGUAACUCUUCACAGUCUUCAAAGCAGAAAUAUGUGUGUCUUGCUGUGGAAGACUGGGACUUGUUAAACUCCUAUUGAUUGUU